AUGUGUGCAGAAACAACUUACGAGAUUCCAAGAAAACCCAGCGUGUCCAAAAUGCGGGUACACGAUUAUUUGUACGAUUCCGCUUUCAUAGUGUCCGGAGCGAGAGAUUAUGCGCGGACAGCUUUCAAGGCAGCCAUGGCUUCUGCACAAAUGUCUAUACAUCCUGACUACGGGAAUAUGUUCUCAGAACUACUCAAAUUCCCAAGAAUUCAAGUAUUGUACCAUCCGAAUUGUCGUCUGCCGGACCAUGUAGAUAGAUCAUACCAUGCUUAUUUGGACCGUGUCAAGGAGAGGAAGAGUGUGCCAACCCCAGAUUUUGGCGGGAAAGAUCGAUUCAAAUUUAUUGCGUUUCCGAAGAAAAUCUUAAAAAUAAUGUCAGUGUCUCCCGAUUUCCAACCACCUCAAUCAGCACAAGGAGCUCCUACGAAACCCAGGAACAGAGGAACUCAGAGCAUUUACAGAGAAUCUUCAGCGCAGACAAAACCAUGGCAGCCAGACGCUCAACCAGCACCAGGGUGUGAAAAUACGCCAGAAGUGUUGUACCUUGACAAGUUAGAGUGGGGACCUGGUUGCCCAUAUCGGAUUGGGGAUCUUCCAGCUGACUUCCAUACAACAGAAAUCAUUAAUAAGAUGCGUCAUGCUCGUAUUUGGAUGGCGGUUGCAGAAAAAGGUGGCUUCCCACGCUGGAUGAAGAAGAGAGAUGAAAUCAUAACUGAUGUGGAAACCAAAGACUGGAUAUUUAGAGAAUCUGAAAUCGAUGAACUGCAAUCGAUAAGACUGGAACUACUCCACCGUCUUCAGGCAGAUCAGAGACAGAAACAAACCAACAGGACCAGCAAGAAACUGGCAAAAUUGUGGUUCGUCAAGAAGACGGAUAUGGAGAGGAAGAUUGACCAUAUACGGAAGACCAGGGAUAGAGAACAUCGCAAGUUGGUCGCAAUCCACGAGGGAGGGGGUCGUGUGGGUCAGGUGGCUCGGUCGAGAGCUGCCAGGGGUCACGGGUCAGUGUGCAAGCAAGCUUCGGACCCCACUUCAGACCUUCACGCCCCGUUGUUAAGACACGGCUACCAGGCGCGCAGAAGACACGCAAACAUAUACUAUGAUCCAUCACUCUUGUCUGCAGAAGACCAUGCGGCGAUAGCAGAACCUCCUACUUGGCUGAACCACUGUCAAAACCUGACUAAGAGCUGUUCCGGCCACCACCUGCCAAGGGAUCCAAUGAAACUCUGCGAGCGGGAGACAAAAUGGAGCGAGCAGUUUCUGGAAAAUUUACACAACGAUUUAAAGAAGGCCCGCCUUGGAGCUGGUCAGAUGACAGCGGGACCUUUACACGUUCUGAAGCCUCGGAGGCUGGUGACCACUCCUAGACCUGCUACUCCUGUGGUGGAGGCAGUUGAUGAUAUGGAGGAAACAGAACACCAAUCCGCACUGCUGCUUCAAAAGAUCAUUAGGGGCAGGGCUGUGCAGUAUCUGAUGUACGAAGGUCGUACACGAGCUGCUGAACUGACCGAAGAGUUGAAGACUACUCAUGGACUCCAGAGGGAGGACAAGAUACGCAUAGCUCGUGAAGAGUCCAAAGCAAGGGAGUUCAAUGCAAUGAGAACCGAAACGGAACAAAAGGAAGAUGCGAUCUCGGCACUUGUAGAUGAACUAUGUGGUGGUGCCAUGUCAGCCGCCCUGGACUUCUUGGAGAAGGAGUUGAGGAGACUCAAGGAAGAGAGAAGACAACAUGCCUUCGUACUUAUCGCUAUACGCGAGAAGUCGAUGCGAGAAGCCGCAGAGGCUGGCAGAAGACAAAAAGAAGAACGCCGCAGAAGAGAACAUGAUGAAAUGUUUAAACAAGUGUUGGGGGUAACUCAAGGCACAGUGGACGCGUAUCUGAAGCAGAUAAUAACAGAAGGGGUGGAACUGGCGGCAGAGGAGGAGGCAGUUAAGGCAGCCCAAUUACAAGCGGACAACAUCGAUAAGUCUAUAGCUGAAUACAGUUCUAUAUCUACAGCAGAACAGAACGAGUUGGUUGCCGAGUUGGUUCACCAGUUCCUCCUGCCACACACCCACCAAACAGCCGCGAGGCACCACAUCACCGAAAUACAAAACGCGAAGCUUGAAGCGGCCAGACGAACUAUAUUUGGCCUUUUGGAUGACGCAGAAAUAAAGCAAGAGGUUUGCGAGAGAUGUGGACGCACUUUCGACGGCUCCUGCCGCUGCGAAGUGUGUCCAGUCAAGGUGGAACAAGUUGAAACCGUUCACAGACAUGAUCCGAGGUGGAAGUUCACCAGAACUCGUGAAGAAAAACCACCGAAGUCGACCGAAGAGAAGUAUCCGAUGUCACAUGAAGCGAGACACCUCCUUAGUGCCGUGCUUGAGGACGCGGUGCUCAUGUCUCGGCAAGAACGUGCUCAGAAAUGUGCAGUUCUACGUGACAUCAAGACUAUGGUUGAAGAGCGCGUCGACAUGACCAUAGAAGCGAGAGCUUUAGUUAAUAGAGCCGUCGAUGUAGCUACUGGCCUUGUGACUCUACCAGUGAAGGAAAGCGACUACCGGCACUUGAUGACGCGGGUGGUCACCGACGCCUUGGAGCGAACAGAGCCUUAUCCCAUACCACAGUGUCCCAAGGAGCUACCGUCAGAGAUAAGGCGUCAGGCUGAUGAGGAGAUAGCACGCUUAGACCCAUACUGCCACUGUGAGGAUAAAACAUCUAAAGUUAAGUUUGAUGCACCAAAACCAAAUCAAGAAGAACUUCUGCCUUCUGAACUGAGACAAUGGGAAGAUUUACUCAAGUGCAAAUGUGAUCCUGUAGUACACCCUGAGGAACCAGGUUUUGAAGAAGAAGAGUUGGCAGAAGACAUGGAUACUUCGGACACGUCAUUUAACGAAGGUUUUAAUAUAGAUGACACAGAUGACCAUAGAUCGGACUAUACCGAGUAG